AUGCGAAUUUUCCGGCGCUUCCCGUCGCAGCACUCGGACUUUGUCCAUGACAUGAGCUUUGACUUUUAUGGUAAGCGACUGGCCACGUGCAGUUCGGACCGCAAGAUUAAAAUCUGGGAGGAACUGGGCCACGAGUGGCGUCUUGAGUACGAGUGGAACGCGCACCAGGCGAGUGUGUGGAAGGUCGAGUGGGCCCAUCCCGAGUUCGGUCAGAUCUUGGCCUCGUGCUCGUUUGACCGCACGGUCUCAAUUUGGGAAGAUCAGGGCAUGUACUUGAACGUGGGACAAGGUCCAGUAUUAAGCGGAGACGCAGCGACGGCUACUGGAGAAGCUCCCGCAGCUACUACUGCAGGAACAAAGGAAGGGUGGCGCAAUCAGGCGCAGCUGGUGGAUGCCCGAGACUCGGUCCACGAUGUCAAGUUUGCCCCUCGACACCUCGGGCUGCGACUUGCGACUGCAUCUGAAGAUGGCUUUGUGCGCAUGUAUGAAGCAAUUGACGUGAUGAACUUGUCGCACUGGCCGCUGCAGGAAGAGUUUCUGGCCGAUAAAGAUGGCGCAACGUGUGUGUCGUGGAACAAGUCACGCUUUGAUGUGCCCAUGACUGUAGUCGGCGGCAACAGCGACGUAGCCAAGGUCUGGGGAUACAAUAAUUCGUACCGCAGGUGGCAAGUCGUUGCCGAGCUUGCGGGUCAUGCGGACGCAAUUCAUGACGUGUGCUGGGCGCCAAACAUGGGCCGCUCGUCGCAUCUUUUGGCAACGGCCAGUAAGGACCGCACCGUACGCAUUUGGCGGCUUACAAUUCACGCAGACGACCAUUUGCAAGCCAAUGUAGAGGAAGUAGCGCGCAAACACCAUCAUGACUCGGAGGUCUGGCGCGUCGAGUGGAACAUCACUGGCACAAUGCUAGCAUCUUCGGGUGACGACGGGACUGUGCGCAUGUGGAAGAGUGACUUUGAAGGCAAUUGGGCUUGUGUCAACACUAUCUGUGGAGAUUUGGGCCCUGCCACGGCGCCACCUCCGAUGGCAUUGUGA